AUGUCGACCAACAAGCAUCUACUUGACCGGGAUAAUGGUGUCGUCUUGCUACACGCUCGGCAGCCGGAGGUCGGCAAGCUCAUCACUGUGGCGGAGCAGUGCAAGCGGAUAUUGAAAGAGCAGGGAAGAUCGGUGUACCAGUACAAUCAGCCUUUUGAGGUGCCGGAAGCUCUGCAGAAGGUGAAGAAGCCCGACAUUGUGGAAAAGACCAUGCUGGAAGACGAGGUGGACGGAGAUGGGGACACAGAGGAUGAUUACUUCGAGACAAUGCAGAGCCGCUUUGAGAAAGCGAUUCUUCCGCCAGCGCCAAAGAGACUACCCCGUUCCAUGAGGGUCUUUCUCUCGCUGUCUCCGGUUCCCGAGCUAAAAGGGAAAACCAACGUAACGCUACAGCUUACUGAAGCAUGA